GGAAAUACGGUAAGAGCGAAACAGGAGGAAGCCAGCUCAGUGCCUGGAGGGGACCCGCCGCCAUCUCAGGUCUCUUGGCUUUGCCAGGGCCCACCGGAGAAAACUGACGCCCUGUUUCUAUAAUCCUUAUGGGAGACCAACCUUGUGCCUCCGGGAGAUCCACUCUCCCACCUGGAAACACACGGGAAGCCAAGCCUCCAAAAAAGCGCUGCCUCCUAGCUCCGCGGUGGGAUUAUCCAGAAGGAACUCCCAACGGAGGUAGUACCACUCUCCCCUCCGCACCUCCUCCUCCAUCAGCCGGCCUGAAGUCGCACCCUCCUCCUCCGGAGAAGUAGAGAAAUAAAUCUCUCCCACCCCAAACCAGUCUUUGAGGGAUUGCAAUAUGACUCCAUUUCCCUGGUGCAUUCACGUAAUAGUUCACUUGGUGAAAACAAUGAAGAUUAUUUACAAUGCUACCCUGCUUUUUCUGAUGUCCUGCACCUGGAAGUUGUGCUUCUUAAGGUAAUCUCUUUACCAAAAACUAUUAAAAGGAGGAGGAGGAAAAAAGUUGGUUUUGACACAUUAAAAAGUAGCCAAACAAAACACAAAAAGAUAGCAGCAAAUGAUAAAAUUGAAACUACAUUCUACAUUAUAUGAAAACAUACUCAUAAUAAUGUAAUCUAAAGAAAUGUUUUGUUAGAUUCACUUAUAAUUACCUUAUAGUUUAUAUUAUCACUGUGAAAUAUAUCAUCUUUUUAACUACAUUUUCUAAUUAUUUAUGGUAAAUGGGAACAUGAUUGACAUUUUUGU